AUGAAUAGCAGUAGCAGUGGUACUAAUCUUCUUUGGUUUAUUAUUAUUAGUAUUAGUAUUAUUAUUAGCAUUAUUAGUAUUAGUAUUAUUAUUAGUAUUAUUAAUAUUAUUAUUAUUUGGGUGCGUCCUUUUGCCCCCCCCCCCCUGGGUGGCGCACGUGCCUCGGGCAAUGAUUUGCGAAGCCCCCUCUUGGACGCCCCCGAUCCCGACUCGUCCUCCUGCGGCGAGCAGGCAUGCCUCGUGUGCCAGAGCAGGCCGUUCUACCCGCGAGUGCUCAGCAGCAUCGGGGAGUACGUGGAGAACGACCUCCGCCGCCUCGACGCGGAGCCCUCCGAGCUGCUGGCCAAGCGGCCCAUGGAGGAUCCUCUGGAGUACAUCCUAUCGAGGUGGCCUAGAGGCGUGCCCUCGAUCAUCUACGACACCGUCCGCGACCUCCGGCAGGCCCGCGCGGUACGGCUCGGGGCGAUGCAGCGCAAGUUGCCGGCGGUGCACUUCCUCCUAUUGUACGCGCUCGGCCUGCUGGAGCUGCUCGCCUUUCCCUUCCUCGGGGAACGUGUCCAUGGCCCCCGUCACCAACCUGACCGACGGCGAGCCCAGCAUCCUGUUUGUCCAGGGCAUCUUUUUCGGGGCCAUGAGCGGCGCCAUCGUCAUGACGCUGCAGAUCAUCUACGAACUCUGGAGGCCGUACGGCGGAGCGUACACUGUCAACUCCGUGUUGGAGACGAUGGUGCGUGGCCUCGAGGAGGAGCUGUGCGCGCGGCGGAGCGUUACCUUGCCGCUGGCGGACAGGGCCACGCCCUGGUCGCCGAGGCCAUACGAGGGAGCAGAGGCUGGCGCCCAGAGGGCUCCAGCGACCGGCGCCGCCGCGGCAAGGGUCGUGUAG